UGCGUUCGGUUUGUGUUUGUGCUUCUCUCGUAUCGCAUGUCGCGUGCGUUAGCGCUUGUAUGUAGUAGUGACGCCCGUUGGCCCGUAAUUACCGCACGUUAAAAUUUGCGCUCGCCGCUCGAUGUCAGCGCGCGCGUGUGUGUGCUGUGAAUAUGCGGCGACUCGCCUGCGUGCCUACUACCUAACACAAACAAACAAACGUUGAGCGUGCCGUCCGCGUAUUUGGUGUUUCCCUGUGCGAUUGGAUUACGUCGCAGCAGCAUUAUUCGAAGGGAAGAACAAUACGCGCAAACUCCACGGGGUUGUAGCGUAGAACACAGUGGACGCGGUCGCGCGGCGUGCGUGAUCAUCGCGACCGGCGUAUUUUGGGAAUUUUCCGAUGCACAAGCCCUCGAAGCCGAUGCGACGCUCGCGCGAAGACUCCAAAGUGCCUGAUUACCCGCAGGACAACCUGUGAUUAUCGUGCAUUGAUGUUUUAUCAGCGUGGGACAACAUGAAUAUGUACACAAUGCCAGGGGUUGCUGAUAUGGGAAUGGUCUGGAUGGGCUCCUCAACGCCAGACAUGUCUCUGGGCCUAAUGCAGCAAGAUGGUGAAAUGUUACUGGAUCAUGACAGUAAUUAUUAUCCUUCCUCACAUCACAGUGCUUCAAAUCAUUCAAUGGAUGAUAUGAGUAGUCAUCUACACAAUUCACCAAUGGCAAUGGAAGGUUUAGAUAUGUUGACCAUGGGUGAUUCAAAUGAUGGCAGUAGUUACACUGAAGAUGAUUCUCAAGUGUACAUGAUCACAACUGCCACACAGACCUUACCCUGUCCAACACGGAAAAUCAAACCAGUGAAACAUCCUGGUUUGGUUCUGAAAACACCAAUUGCUUACCAGGGAAAUACAGAUCCAUCUGUGAUACCCAUACAAAAAGAUGGCAUAGCUGUAUGUGAAAAAUGUGGAGCAAUCGGCGUAAAACACGCUUUUUAUACGCGUGAGCGUCGAUUCUGUUCACUUGCCUGCGCUAGAGGUUACACAGGCCUCGGUGGUCUGAAUCUCAUGCCGCAGAAUUCCUCCACGCAGACAAUGCAAGACUCCCUGGAAUACGCCGAGCAUCACUUCAAAAUGGAACCACCUUCGGAAUCCCUCGAAGGUCUAACUUAUGACGCUCCUUUCCCGCAAUUAGCCCAGCCCAAAGACGAAGACCCACCAGUCGACGAGAAUAUCUCACUGAUCAGACGCCGCACGGCGUAUAUACCCAACAGUUACGACUGGGAUCAGUGCCUCAACAAUCCCAAUUUCAUCGCUGCACCAGUACGAUGUUUCCCAUCAGCGCCUAUGUCUGAUAUUUGGGAUAACAUCCUUGUUGGUAUGAAAGUUGAGGUGGAAAACACCGAUUCCGAUAAUUUGAGUGAAUCAUUCCCGGAUUCAUUCUGGGUAGCUUCAGUUGUGAAAAUAAUCGGGUAUAAAGCCCUGCUGAGAUAUGAAGGUUUUGGGCACAAUAGCCAGAAAGAUUUCUGGGUCUCGCUGUGUUCAAAUCAGGUACAUCCGGUUGGAUGGUGUGCGACAAUCGGGAAGCCUUUAAUUCCACCGAAGACAAUCGAGAGUAAAUACAGCGAUUGGAAGGAGUUUCUACGAAAACGCUUAACCGGCGCGCGGACACUACCUUCGAACUAUUCUAAUAAAGUGAAUGAUUCACUAAAAUCACGAUUUCAAUGCGGGUACCACCUUGAAGUAGUGGAUAAGAACAGAAUAUCUCAAGUUAAAAUCGCGAUGAUUCAUAAAAUAGUCGGCAAGCGCUUGAAUGUGAAAUAUUACGAUAUGUCGCCAGAAGAUGCUGGUUUCUGGUGUCAUGAAGAUUCACCUCUAUUACAUCCAGUUGGUUGGGCACGACGAGUUGGGCAUAACAUAGUCGCACCUGAUAGUUAUCUCCAGAAAGUUAAGAGUGGUUUCUUUGACGAUGAAGACGCCACAGAUGAAUUGUUUAAACCCAUUCAAGUUGGUACAGCAAGCAGCAGCUCACAGUUUGCUAUCGGUAUGAAAUUGGAAGCAAUUGAUCCGCUUAAUUUGUCGUCAAUAUGCGCUGCAACUGUAAUGGACGUCUUGCAUUGUGGGUAUAUUAUGAUUCGGAUAGACACGUACGAUGCAGACGCAACGGGCGCGGAUUGGUUCUGUUACCAUGAGACGUCGCCAUGUAUAUUCCCGAUCGGGUUCUGUGAUAUGCAUGGAAUUCCGCUCACACCACCAAAAGGAUACUCGCCGGAGUUGUUCACCUGGGAGAGUUAUCUUGCUUCCACGAAUAAUGUACCAGCGCCAAGGGAUCAGUUUGUGGAGAGCGUGCCAAAUUUAGGGUUUAUGGAGGGGAUGAAGAUUGAGGCGGCGGAUUUGAUGGAUCCGAGACUGGUUUGCGUGGCGACUGUUGCAAGAGUUGUCGGGAGACUACUAAAAGUGCAUUUUGAUGGUUGGGAAGAAGAGUAUGACCAAUGGUUGGACUGUGAAUCUCCUGAUAUCUACCCGGUGGGGUGGUGUAUCAGUGUGAGUCACAAACUCGAAGGACCACCGUCUGCGUCAUUGCAGAAACUGAACCAAAAGACGCUCACACCUCCAAAAACAAUGAAAAAACGCGGUCGUAAGAAGAAAAAUACAAGUCCUAACAAUAAAAGCACCACACCUACACCAACGCCAGCGAUGAAUACGCAUCAGUUGCGACAACGCAACGAAGUUAAGUAUAUCAAAGAAGAAGAGGAAGAUGAAGAUGAUGUGGAUGUGGGCAUGGAUGAGUCAAGUGUCCAGGAACCGGAAAUGGCGGAGGAACCAAGUGGGCCUGAUCAAAGUCUACCGGUUGCGAGUGAACCAGUUGGUGCGGCACCACCGCAGGAACGCAAAGUUCCCACUUAUAAUACGAGUAGCACGAGUAGCAAAUUUAUACCUAGGUUAGUUGAUUUAACUGGUGGUUCUGGCAGCAAUAAUUCCGAAGCUGGUGAGCUGUGUCCAAGCGAAUGGAAUGUUUUCGACGUGGCGCAAUUCCUACGUGUAAACGAUUGUGUAAAUUACUGCGAUUUGUUUAGUAAACACAAAAUUGAUGGAAAACUGCUGCUCAACUUGACGAAGGAAAACAUCUUGGAUUACACGUUGGGAAAAGUCGGGCCGUCGUUGAAGAUCUACGAUCUCAUCCAACAGUUGAAGAUUAAAAUCAACCCGCAAGCGCGACACGGCAAUAAGAAGUUUUUCUAAUGCGAAAAUAAUCGUGCGUCCUGCCUUUCGAACGCGUUUGAUUGUUUUAAAUCGAACCGCGUUUACAUUUAUAACCUAAUUUGAUACCUCGUUGGUCUCAUAGUCUAACAGCUCACAUAAUUUGCUUGUUCUUGUGUUUAAGAAUGGUAAUGAGAGUGGAAAAGGAAACUAAUCGUGCCUAUGAUAACAAUUAUUAUUGAUUUUCACACUUGACAGUUUAAAUGUUGACAUAAACCAAACCGUUAAGCAAUGUGUCAUGAUCAAAACUUGAUUGAUUGAUUGAUUUACCAAACAAUUGUCAAAAAUCAUGAUUUAUGUGUUGUAAUAACAAAGGAAACGCUAAUUAUUGGUGCUACCCGUGUUUCCACUGAUGAAAUGAAAGAAAUUCACAUACAAAUAUCAUAUACCUAGAUGGAAUAAGUAAUUACUGAAAAUCAGGAAAUUGUUUACGAUAAGUUUGCCAAUAUUAUUCUUAUUUUGUACCAUUAGGUUUUUAUUUUCAAUCGGACAAGGCAAAUGUGCGCGAAAUUUCGGAUAAGUUUGAUGAGUGAGAAUCGUUUUUCAUUUUGGUAUUUUUGCGAUGAAACAUUAUUUAUGAAUUAUGAAUAUAAAUAAGAUUAUCAAAUAAAAGAAACCAAACAAAUGCGAAA